CGCGCUCCUCCCGCUCGCGAUAGAUGAAUACACAGACCCUCGAGCGCGCAGCACAUUCACCGUUAUCACUCCGUUCCUGCGAUACACAGUGAACAUGGGCAUAAUACGCGUCUAGUCUCGUUUAAACGCUAAAAGAAGAGUUUCUCCUGACCUUGAACACGGAUUUUGUUUCUUACUGGAGUUACUGAAGAGCGAAAGACGUGUAAAAAUGAAGUACAAAAAUCUAAUGGCUAAAGCGCUUUACGACAAUGUCCCGGAAUCUCCAGAAGAGCUGGCGUUCCGGAAAGGCGACAUCCUGACCGUCAUCGAGCAGAACACUGGCGGUCUGGAGGGAUGGUGGCUCUGUUCGCUCCACGGCCGUCAGGGCAUCGCACCCGGCAACCGCCUCAAACUGCUUAUCGGACCAAUGUUUGAAGGACAGACGCCUGCAUCCCUCUCCCCUCCACAGGGUCACUCACCUCAAGGUGUGUACCAGGUGCCACCGUCCCACCAGAGCCCACAGGGACAGGGCAUCUACCAGAUCCCUCCAUCUCAAGAAGUGUACCAGGUUCCACAGAGAAGCGCACUGAAAGCUGAUGGGACUCCCAGCAAGGUGGUGACCCCAAUCCGUGUAGGGCAAACAUAUGCUUACAGUCCUGCGGCAGAUACAUCUCAUGACCUCUACGAUGUUCCUCCAGUUCGUCAACAGGGGGUGUACGAUAUUCCAGCGAGCAAACAAACUGGACCGCACGGCAUCUCCAGAGCCCAGGGCCUCUACGACACCCCCCCUUCCCAGGACCUGCGAUCAAAAGGACUGUAUGACAUACCACCAGCUUCACAAGGGGUGUACUCAACGCCACCUUACAAGAAUAACAUUGCACAAGACGAAGGGAGUUACGACUUUCCACAGCCUUCGAAGCACAAGCAAGAAGGUAUAUAUGACGUUCCACCACCGUCGCUCUCCAAAGGUUCCCCAUGCUCCAACUACGACUUCCCACCCAGCUCUGAACAGAUGUCCCGAAAGGGCAUGAACAACAGCGCUGGCAUCUACGACGUUCCCGCCAGCCAACUGGCCGCAGGUGGAUCUCAAGACUUGUACGAUAUUCCACGUGGAAUGCCGCAGAAUCGACACGCUUCUUCUGAAAGAGACAGAAAUAAAUCAGUUUACGAUAUUCCUCCAGGAGACGCUCGGUUACUCGGUGACGUGACUGAAGGCGUCAACCGCUUGUCGUUUUCCAGCACGGGAAGCACUCGCAGUAGUAUGUCGACUUCCUCUUCUUCCGCAGGAUCGCCCGCCGAGGCCCGGCUAACAUUGGAUCUAGACUCUGCGGUCCAGAGGUUAAGUCGUCUUCAGCAAGGUCUGGAUUCUUCAGUUUGUGUGCUGCAAACUCUUGCGGCAUCGCCUCACUGGCGAACGUACAGCUUCAUGGAGCGUCAUGCCAACGAGGUCCGUGUUUCAUUGGAGCGCGUCAAGUGUGCGCUCACAGAGUUUCUCGCAUUUGGCCGUGGAGCAGCUGCGAAUUGCACCACGUUGUCCGAUCCAGGUUUGCACUCCAAGUUGCGACGCCAGUUGCAACGUCUAGAAGAUUCCCAUCAGAUUCUUCAACAAACACACCAAACUUUAGAAAACAAUAGCUGGGCGCUUAAUAUACUAGUAACGGGUGCCAAGCAUCAGAACAAGACUGAUGAACUGGAACGUUUUGUAAUGGUGUCGCGGACAGUGCCUGAUGAUGCCAAGCAGCUGGCUUCAACAAUAGGGGGCAGUGCAGAGCUGCUUUUCCGAAGAGCACCAAUAGAGGGCAUCGUUCAUCCCUUUACUUGCACCCCAACGGAGGAUGACAGCUACGGAGCCAAGACCAAACCUUUCCCCGUAUCUCAGGACAAAGCAAACAUGAACAGAGAGAAGUGCGUUAAAAGCUGGAUGGAAGAUUAUGACUACGUCCACCUACAGGGAAAAGAUGAAUUUGAACGUCAACAGAAGGAACUUUUAGAGAAGGAGAACAUCACCAAACAAAGCAAAGUCCAACUCGAACAAGAACAGCUGAACCAGUUCAAACAGCUCGAACAGGAAGUGAUCAAACCUGUAGAGAAUGACAUCACCAAAUGGAUCUCCCACCAACAUUCAUCAGGCUCCUCAUCUUCAGACUCCUCCUCUAAUAUCUCCACGGGAGGCGGCGCUCCGAUGAGUUUGCGUGAUCGCCAACUGUUGGGCUUCUACGCGGACCAAUGCGAACAGCACUUUGUGACACUGUUGAAUGCGGUGGAUGCUUUUUUCGGCUGCGUAAAGGCUGGGCAACCUCCACGAAUCUUCGUUGCGCAUGGCAAGUUCGUCAUUCUGAGUGCCCACAAACUUGUGUUUAUCGGGGACACUCUGUCGAGACAAGCCUCGGCGGCUGAAGUGGCGAAUCGCGUCAUGAACUUAAGUAACAUGCUGUGUGAGAUGCUAAAGACAGUCGUGGGCGCCACCAAAAUAGCGGCCCUUCACUAUCCCAACACGGCCGCUGUGCAGGAAAUGGUAGAUCGCGUGACGGACCUCUCGCACUUGGCGCAACAAUUUAAAGUGCAGCUCUCGCAGAUGGCGGGAUUGUGAUGUCAUCAGCAUAAUGUCACUAACUUCUGAACAAAGACUGUCAUUUUAACAUAUAUAUUUAUACUCCUAUAGAUGCAUCACUGAAAGUUGUCUUUUGUAAAUAGUCCUGCUUUCUGUAAAUAUUUGGCUCUAUAUUUUGUGUAGAUUUGUUUUAUAUAAUAUUAAUAAUGCUAAUAAUAUUAACUGAAUAAAUAGAAAUGAUUGAGACUUGCAUUUGUAGAGUGACCGUUAACUUUCCUGAUCGUUUUGUGUAUUAGGCACCUUACAAGUUGUCCUUAACUGCUAAUUAUUGUGUAUUGCUGAACUCCAGAACCCCCAAAAUGGAAAUAGUUUGUUUUGAAAAUGUGCUGUAUUGUGUGACAAACUCUGCCGAGAGAACAAAGUAAAAUAUUUCUCUGUCUUUGCUAUAAAAAUUGUUUCACUUGUUUUUGUUUGAAUAUUGUGGUAGGGGAAUCUCACCAAAAAAAAAAAAAAAAAAAAAUGUGUUACAGGUCAUAUUUUACCCCCAAAUGAAAAAGAAAUCUUAUUUAGUUGAUGCUUACUUUAGUCAUUAAUAUUUUCUGCAUUGUGCCAUUUUUUAUUAUUUUUUACAAUUAAACACUGUUUGUAUUACUGUAAUGCAUAAAAAGGCAUUUUCAGUAAUGUAUUAUGACAAAAAUAAAUGUACAUAUACAACACAUAUAAAGUAUUUAUACAUCAUGGCAGUAUUUGUUUUACUACUUUUAUGCUUAUUAAAAAAAUAGUGAAUUACAGUAUUUUAUUACAGUAAAAAAAAAUCAAUUAACAUUUUAUUAAAAUGGCACAAUGCAAUAAAAAAAGAAUCUCAAUGCAGCUAAAAAUAAUUUUCUUCUCACAAAAUGUUCCUUUGCGUGGUGAAAUGUGACCCAAACAUGUUUCGGUGAGAUUCAUUUUGCUAUCGCAGCAAAGCUACCCAAGUAAACCAUGUUAAACGAACGUGAAAUCUGCCAGAAGCGAGGAAGAUGUUUUCCCAAGAGCUUUUACCCCUCCAUUAACAUAACUUAAUGUCCCACCGAUCCAUAAUUCCCAAAGUAUUAUCACAUGAUCCAAUUGGACAGAUAUAAUCUGAUAAAAAUAAAAAAAAACCUUAGAUGGAUGCGAGCGUCCCAAACCAUCUCUUUGGACCUUAGUGACUAAUACUUUCCAUUCCAGGCUGUAAUGAAAUGAGCAUGUAUCAUGGCUCAUGUGGGUUAGCGGCGAUGAUGAGGGGCCAUCCAAAGGGGAUUGAAGAGUAAUACGAGCACAGUCUGAACAGAGUGCCACACCAUAUUAUCAUGAACAUUAACCUGCUGGAACAUUCGGAGCACCACAUGUCUGCCCAAUCUAAUUUGGUAGGUUUUUUUUUUUGCCAUCAUUCGGGUAAUUUGGCUUUUUCUCAUCUAGCAAUGUUUUUAACAGAUGCACAUGAUGAUUUAGUGAUCAUGUGGCCUGCGGUGAGAUGAAGGACAUUAGUUCAUGCAGCAGGUGCGCUGCGGCUCUAUUCAACUGUGCACCAGUUUCACCAACCAUUACCAGUGGCUAAUGGGCACAUUUUUUGAUGGAUCAUUCCCUGCACACUGCAGGCACAUAAUACAGACAUGUGUUAUACGGCAGAAUUAUAUUGUGUGUGUAUUUUUUUUUCUUUUUUUACAUAAGAAAUAAUCUAUAUUGUGUACAAGAUAAUAUAGUUUGCAACUGUUGCAUGUUGUUGAUUACCACUAACAAUAAUCCCAAUGUGUCCCAUAGUUCAUGCAACUGUAGGUUUGUAUUAAUACUCUUACAAAUGAACAAACUGCUGUAAUUGUCCAUUUAAUCAACACUCAGAGUUAAAAGACACAGAGAUGAACUGCAAAACGUCUUCAAACACCACAUAAAUCAUCUUGCAUUUACAUUUCACAUGCCAUCGGUCAUUCUUUUGUGCUUCUAUCUAGAACAUUCUCCCUCUUUUAGGCUUGGUAACAAAAGCAACGAAUCUCGCUGGGAACCAAGCAAUCUCUGUGAAACCAUCAGCAUCCACUGACUGGCAUUUACUCAUAAUUAACGAUUUAAACAUUUUCCGCAUUCAGGACUAAGUUCUCCUCGGGGAAAGAAAGAGAAAGCCUUUUUAAAAAAAGAAAAAAGUUCAUUAAACAUGUUGAUAGAGCGGUAAAUUCUUACCAUCGCUCUCUCCAGACCCUUUCCUAGUGAUUUAUCUCCCCCUUGUAAUGGCAUCAGGGGGAGUUCUGCGGUCUUGGAUGUGUCUUGAGUUGGAUCUGCACUGAAUUAAAGAGCCUGAGGAGGGAGGGAUGAGUUAGUUAUCCAAUCCCUGCUUCACAGCUCACACUAAAUAAGUCUACCAACUAGAUUCACCUCGACAAGUGAACUUAAUAGAGAUGACAUAUUUCAUUAAGUAUUCAGGGAGCUCAAAAAGCACAAACAUCAUUUGCAACUUGCAAAAUCCAAAAUGUGACAACAGGAAAACAAAAUAGUUCCUAUUGAUUUUUAAAAAACUCCUGCUGUGUCAAUUUGACCCAGACACACUUUUCAAUCUGCUUAAAACACUGGUUAACUAUUUAUUUCUUAAAUACGUCUCUUUUAGGGUCACGAAUGUGCAUGCAAAGUUUGACACAUGGAAAAGCUUUAGAAACACACUGUUUUUGUGUUGAUUUUCAUGCAACUUGCUAAAAAUCAACACUUUGAGGAACAGGAAAGAGUCAUACAAAAACAACUUGUCAAACACUUAAAAUACUCAAAGUUGACUCCACAUUGAGACUGCUCUUCUGAAUCACCCAUGAACAACAACAAAAAAAUCAGUUUUUGUCUAAUUGAGUUUCACGUCUGUCAAAGGUUAUGUUUUUUGGUUGUUUUUGUUUAUUAGCUCAAUUACUAGACUGUUGCAGCACUGAAAAGAAGUGUGAAAAACCAAUUUAACCCUUCCCAGGGCUGAAGAACCAGACGGAAUAAAAAGACGGAGGAGGUACAAAUAACAAUAAAUGUAUGGCCUAAAUACAUAAAACAGUUAAUUUGAAACAUAUGUUAGUCAGAGUAACCCCUAACUUGAAUAUUUGCACUCUGAAGCAUUCAUUCCAAACACCUUGCAUAACUUUUACUGAUGUUGACAUGCAACAGCAGAAAGGUCCGUUACACUGCAGAAUAUGUUUGUUGUGUCUCAAACAAUGGCACCACAUGUUUGCAGAGAUGAUGUUGUAACCCUGAUGCAGAAAAGCAAGACUGAAGAGAAGGGGGGAAGAGAACUGGAAGAUCUGACCUGUGAAUACAGUGGCGACCAGAGCAGCGCUGGCGAUGUCAUUUCCGUGGCUGACCACAACCAUUUCCUGUGAAGUAUUCUAAGGCCUCAAAAUUACAGCUUCUGUGCACAGCAAAGUCUCUCUUACCUCUUUCAUUUCGUAAAAGCUGCAUAUAUUUUAAUAGAUUUUAAAACGUUGUGGACUGACAAAGGGGUACCUCACUUUAAAAAUAUAUUGUUUAAAAAUAUAACCAAAAGUGCAAUUAUAAAUCAUUCAUACAUAUUAAUUAAUUAAUACCGCCCAAGCAAAUCUCUAUAAAUGUUUAGGCCUAAAUAAAAUACCCUGUACAGUAAUCACAAACGACUCUGAUUGGUCGAUUAUUAUCAGCGCUGGGAAAAGUCAGAGGUAUGAUGUGACAAUGAUGUUAAUCUGACUCUUCCGUAGAUGUACGGAUAUUAUUUUAUACCCGGGAAAUGACAGUAAUUAAAGUUAAUAACAAUAUAUAACGUUAGUCUUAAAAUACAGGUUAAAAUCGGAAAAUUAUUGUUUAGACUCAAGGCAGCCUCUGAGCUUUGCCUUUUUCAUGAGCAGCACGUGCACAAAAGAAAGUAAGAGUACUAUUGCAUUUCUUAAUAACACUUAAUGUGACAUUAAAGUAUUUUAUUAAUAAAUCUAUCUGUCUAUCUAUCUAUCUAUCUGUCUAUCUAUCUAUCUAUCUAUCUAUCAUCACGUCUUCGGUUUCUAGUGUUAUUUUAUUCGCAUUUACUGCCACCUGGUGGACUUUUUUGUAGUGCACAAGUGUUAUCCAUUUUAAGUUCUAAUUUAGAAGCAGUUGUUGUUAUUGUUAAAGUAGUUGAAGCUCACAACUUUGAGGCCCUGCUGUGUGAUUUUAUUCGCCUUUUACUGCCACCUUGUGGACAUUUUCAAUGGAGAAGAAAAGUUUGCUGACGCAGAAAAAGGUGAUUAGGGUGCUUUUGCAUUUGUUAAUAAAUAAUAAUAAUAAUGCUAUUUACUUAAAAUUAAUGCAAUAUGGUAUUAAAUUAUGACACACCAUUAAUAAAAGACAAAAGCAGGCCUUACUUAUACUAUAAUAGGGUUUUAAUGUCAACACACCUACUUAUAUGUUAAAAUAUGCAGUAAAUAUUAAUUCUGUUUCUCUCUCUCUCUCUCUGAUUAAAGACAGUCAGUUUUACGCUUUACUGUGUUACUGUAUUCGCAUUUUACUGCCAUCCAGAGGAAAUGAUUUGUACUACAGCAAAAUCACUACAGUCGUACCAGGUAAAUAAAUUCGUGUGGCCACCAAACCCAAGUGUUUUAUGAGUAAGUACUGAUUACUGAAGUACAAAACAAUACCUGAGAAAAGAACAGCAAUAAGCCUCCUGAGACUAUCAGAGUUACGUUUUAAAAGUAUAAUUAAAAUAAUCAUUAAAAAUGUGCACUGAAGUCAGAGUCCACAUAAACAACUCAAAUGUUUUAUGAAAUAUAUUUAUUAUGAAGGGAAAACAUCUACUGUCAUAAAAGGGACCAAAAAAAAGACAGAAAAAGACCAUGUGACCGUCUACACUGGUGAUCAUUUCUACAGA